AUGAUGUCCAAUCCAUCAGGAGGACUUCACCCUCGACAGAAGCAGCAUCGGCGUCAAAACUCGACACCGAAUGCUUUCGAGGGUGUCAAGAUCCCCAAUCUGCCAACUACACAACGACAAACCGCACACCGACGCGGCCUCAGUCUCGAUAUUCGAAGACAACCAAUCACAGCAUCACCAUCAACAACAAUGACAAGGCAGAAGCAAAUGGUAGGUACAAAUACUAACAACACAGGAUUAGCCAAUUACCCGCAGCAGCAGCGCAUACAAGCACGCCCGGGCACACAGCACCCUUACGCCAACUUGGCAUCUAGUGGAAGCGAGAACUAUCUCAUGUCCCCUCACGGAACUCCUCAGACACAGCGAUUCGACCCGUCCUGCUUUGACCCAAACUCAAUUCCCUUUGAUACUUACACCACAGACCUCAACGUGAUGAUGAGCAAAGGACAGCAAGCUUACGGCGACAAUUUGUCGGGAGGUAAGGAAUUUGAUAUUUUUAACAAUGAUAGUGCUCUUUCGACACCAUCCUUCAUGACCUUCCCCUCCGAGGGGUCCUCCGCCCAGGGUUGGGCCUCUGAAGGUGACACCUCCAGCACAAGGAGGACCUCGCGGAGGAUAAGCGGCGGCAUCAUGGACCGCGUCAACAAGUUCGAGAACUUGGACUCAACGAGACCAGCAACUCCCCCGAGCCAGAACCAGAACCGGGGCCAGAACAUACAAAGUCAGUCCUUCGACUGGACGAUGCCACUGGCCGCCACGACUAACUCGGAGAAAGGCUACUUUCCCCCUACGCCCACCGAGACUUCCCAGGACCGAUUGGUCAAGGACGAGCCUGUGCCAAGUCGCUUCUCUGAGGGUUAUGAUGAGUCUAUGGAAGAUACUAUCAAGCCCGUGAGGAACCGUGGGGGAAACCGAAGGGCCCAGACCAUCUUCCAGGAUAUCAGACAACACUCUGAGCAGGACAUGUCUAGCCAAGGCCAAACAGACUCAGCUUCUGAGGCAUCCUUCCACGGAGUGCCAAUGGCGACCCCUGACUACAUGAACAUGAACAACUUCAACAACGAGUUCCUAAAGAUCGAGAACGGUUUCGGUCGUCAAGAUAUCCAAGGUCUCGAUGUCGGCCCCAGCACACCCCAUAUGGAACAUUUUAUCGAUCUUAGGCCUUACUCAAUUAGCGCACAAUCCAUCUCUGGCACACCCUCACAAACACCCUCUCGUCGCCACUCUCCUCAUCGCCGAACAGAAUCUGUUGCAAGCAUCGCUAGUGCUGCCAGCAUUGCCAGUAUCAACAUUGAGGAGACCAAGACAGAGACCGGCGUGACUCAAGAUGAGAUCGCUCAGUUCAUCAGCGGCCCUGAUGCAGGCGACGGCAAGUGGACAUGCACAUACGAGGACUGUGGUAAGAAGUUCGGCCGCAAGGAGAACAUCAAGUCGCACGUUCAGACUCACCUCAACGACCGUCAAUACCAAUGUCCCACAUGCCAAAAGUGCUUCGUUAGGCAGCACGACCUUAAGCGACAUGCCAAGAUCCACACCGGAAUCAAGCCUUAUCCCUGUGAAUGCGGCAACAGCUUCGCUCGCCACGACGCUCUCACUCGACACCGUCAGCGAGGCAUGUGUAUUGGCGCUUUCGACAAUGUCGUGCGCAAGGUUGUCAAGCGAGGACGACCCCCCAAGAAGGGCCGUCCUGAUAUCGAGACCCGCAUGGACAAGUCCGCUAGAACCCGCAAGAAGAACAUGUCCAUCAGCUCAAUGUCGUCUUUCUCUGCAUGUUCGGACAGCUCAGCUGUAACCUCACCAGAUCAGUACAUAUUUGACGACAUGAUGGACAUUGGAAUGCCUUCACAAAGCCAAAACCUUGCCGCCGUCUCCUCAGCACCCAUGACCGGCCUCACUGCUGCAGCUCUCCAAGAGUAUGCCUCUUCACCAUCCGCUGUCAGCGCUCACUCUUACGUCUCCCCUGAAGCCAUCAUGGACGGUACUCCCAUGCACGUUGCAUCUCCUGCCAAGAGCGCCGCGAGCCAAUACAACACACCUCCUGAGCUCUCACAAUCAUCAUCCCCCCCUGGCACCCACUACUUCGAGGUCGAACAAAACAACUCGAUGAACACCGACGACCUAACCGCCAUCCCCGGUACAUCCACAUACGUGACCUCGGCGACCAUGGCUGCUACCCUUCCUCUGGGAAUGAGCAGCGCAGACGACCUCAUGGUUCAUUUUGGUGGCGACAAUGGUCUUAUCCAGCUAGACCGUGAUUCCCACAUGAUGUCCAUGGGUAAGUUUGAGGAUGAUGAAUUUGAAAGCAGCAUGUUCCCCGGUGAUGGCAACGACGUUUUCUUUGGAAGCAAUUAG